AUGAAUGAUGUUAUGAUAAUUGAUACUCCAAAGAUGCAGACUGCCAUGUGUGUGAAUUCUGAUCCGAAGAAUUUCAAUUUUGUUGGUUCUAUUCCAGAAGUGAUGUUGGCUAGGGUUCCGCUUGAUACUGUCUUUAUUCAAGAAUAUCGGAAAAACCCUAAUAUUGUAGAUCGUGAAGUUCUUGCUUCAUUACAAGUUAUUCUUGACGUUGGUGAUGUUCCAAAGAGGGGAGGAACAAAGAGAAAAGCGAAAGUAGCUGAGGUUGUUUCAAAGAAAGUUAAGUCGUAA